AUGGUUAUGGCUAGGAUUGAAGUAGCGGCAAAAGGAGGUUUUGAUGAUGAAAUGAGAGCAGUGGUUGCAAGAAAUCUGGAAGGCAGUUCUACCAAGAUUUGGCAAAUUCAGAGAAGGCUCUUGAAUGCCUCCAACGGGUCCUGCAAAUUGAUGGAAGGUUCACCAAAGCAAAUUACCUACUUCUCCAUGGGAUGGGAGAGCACAGCUUUCACGAUUUUGUUUACUUCAAACCUUAUUUGUUUUUACUCUGCUAACUGCGCUGCUUUUUUACGAAAAAUGAAGGUUGAGUGUACCAUACCAAAAGAUGAUGGCAAUUUGGCUUCUUUUGUUGGGUUCAGGGUUCAGCAUGACAAUGCCAGAGGCCCCAUGAAGGGAGGAAUCAGAUACCACCCAGAGGUUGACCCAGAUGAGGUGAAUGCUUUAGCACAACUAAUGACGUGGAAGACCGCAGUAGCCAAUAUACCAUACGGUGGAGCUAAAGGAGGGAUAGGAUGCAAUCCAGGGGAAUUAAGCAUCUCUGAGCUAGAACGACUCACCAGAGUUUUCACCCAAAAGAUACACGAUCUUGUUGGAGUGCACACUGAUGUUCCAGCACCUGAUAUGGGAACAAAUCCACAGACAAUGGCAUGGAUAUUAGAUGAGUACGCAAAAUUUCAUGGCUACUCACCUGCUGUAGUGACUGGUAAACCUAUUGAUCUUGGUGGAUCCCUUGGUAGAGAUGCCGCCACUGGAAGGGGAGUCUUAUUUGCAACAGAGGCCCUGCUCAACGAGUAUGGGAAGAGCAUUGUUGGACAACGAUUUGUUGUACAGGGAUUUGGGAAUGUGGGUUCCUGGGCUGCUGAUCUCAUCAGUGAAAAGGGUGGGAAGAUUGUUGCAGUAAGUGACAUAACUGGAGCUGUAAAGAAUAGCAAAGGACUCGACAUUCUAAGCCUACUAAAGCACGUCACAGAAAAUCGUGGAGUUAGAGGAUUCAAUGGUGGGGAUGCAAUAGACCCCAAAUCAAUAUUGGUCGAAGAUUGUGAUAUUCUCCUCCCAGCAGCCCUUGGGGGUGUGAUCAACAGUAAACAUGGACAAGGAAUUACAGCAAUGCACGGAGAUGUCUUCACAAGUAAAGAGACGUCGAAUGCUGCAGUUUGACAAUGAGAUUUUGGGUUCCCCUCUUUGCAAUGAGGAGAUAUCAUCUGUCUUCUUAAAAUCGAAGGUUUGUGCAAGCCUAUUUCCUCGUGGAAAAUGUUACAUGAUACAUCUUUUGCUGUUCUUGGGGAAAAAUUCUACAUAGUGGUCUUAUUUUGGUUUCACACAAAAGAUAAUUGUUGAGAUACCUGUUCUGUUGUAUAUUGACAAUUAUAUGACUUCUAUCUUUUGGAAGGGAAACAAAUUUAUCAUCCACCACAUAUCAAGAUAAAUUAUUUUAUGAUAUCAACAUUUUGUCAGGGGAUCAUUAUUGGUCAAUGAUCAUUAUUGGUCAAUGCAACUUCUGAACUAGUUUAG